UCAGCCAAUUGAUUUCGAUUUUCCAUUACUGAAUUUAACUAGUUUUAAUGUCUUUUUCAAUUAGAAACCUAUCAAGAAUAGCGCAGCAGUGUUACAAAACCUACAAAGAUAUGACUAAAACAAGCACUCGGAAACUGCAGAUGUGCGGUACGGAGGAGGAAAUGCGCGAGGUGGCAGGCAGGAUUUGCAGGAAUUACCUCCACGGAGCCUGGAAGACUGUGGACCCUUCGGAGCUGGACUUCAAGAGGAUCAGCGGCGGCCUGUCAAACUUCCUGUACUACGUGGCGCUACCAGACGACCUGUCGAAAGCCAAGCUGCGUGAGUCGGUGUCAGUCGAGGACCCCGGCCUUGUGGGGGGUAUGAUGAGCAAGUCGUUUUCGAGCGAGGAACCUAAAAAGGUUCUGCUGCGGAUAUACGGACAAGUCCACGGUCCCCGGGCCAUGGACGCCAUAGUGACUGAAUCUGUCAUUUUCACACUGCUAUCGGAGCGGCGGCUCGGGCCGAAACUGUACGGGGUGUUCUCUGGAGGCAGGAUUGAGGAGUAUAUUCCUGCCCGACCCCUUCUUACAAAAGAGCUAUCUGAGCCGGCUCUCUCCAUGAAAAUAGCUGAAAAAAUGGCCGCCAUACAUUCCAUGGACAUCCCUCUGUCGAAGGAACCCAACUGGCUUUGGAAGACCAUGGGGAAAUGGAUCAAGACUGCUAAAGAAGAGAGACUCACGGGGACUGGCAAGAACGAAGAAGAAAACAACAUAAUCAAGCGACUCAAAGCGGUGGAUUUCGAGAAAGAAGUAGAGUGGCUCAAGAAAUUUCUGGCGACCGUCGAUUCUCCCGUAGUGUUCUGUCACAACGAUUUGCAGGAAGGUAAUAUCUUAAUGCUAGAAGACGUACACACAGACGAAGAACCAACAUAUAGACUCCACUCAUAUCAAGAGGACAGCCCCAGAAAAUCCUUCGACCCACUCUCUCAAUACGAAGACGCGAACACAAUCGACUCAGAGUCGAGCCAUCUCUCCGACUCAGGCGAGCCGAAGCUAGUACUCAUAGACUUUGAGUAUUGCGCCUACAACCAUAGGGGUUUCGAUGUCGCCAACCAUUUCCAAGAGUGGGGAUACGAUUAUACGAAUCCUGAGCAUCCGUAUUAUUAUGAGAAUCAAGAGAAUUGUCCCAAUUUGGAGCAAAAGGAAAUAUUCAUCCGCGAAUAUCUAAAGCACUACAAUUACUACGUGAAUGACUCGAAGGAUUCAACGCCAUCUAUCGACGACGUCAACCAUCUACUCAACGAAGUCGACGCGUUUACAAUCGCGACGCACCUCUUGUGGUGUCUAUGGUCCAUAGUCAACGCUAGUAAGAGCCAAAUCCCCUUCGGUUACUGGGAAUUUGCCCUGACCCGACUAGAAUCCUACAUGCGUAUGAAACAGGAAGUGAAGAAGGACAAAUUUGGAGCGCAGAAGAGAAAAAUAUGCGAAGUAGACAUAUGAGUGCAGUGUGACGCGCUCUCGGUCGAAUCCUUGGACGUUUGACAUGAACAUAAACUUUUUUA